AAAAAAUUCCUGCCCAGAACCAUCAACAUGCCUGAGCCGGCAAUAGUUAGUGUCAGCGUUCCUGCUGAGAAUCACGGUUUAUGGUCCUCAUUUACCUCGUUUGUUGAGCGACACAAGAAGCUCGUGUACACCACGGGCAUUCUUGCUGUCUGCGCUGGCGUCGGCGGUGUUUAUUAUGUUCACACACAAAAACAAAAGUCGAAGAAGUCGAAGAAGUAUCGUAAGAUUCCUUCGGACGAAAAGUUGAAGAAAAUGCCACAGUCGGAGGAAAAUGUUGAUACUGCUGAAAAGCAGACAUCCUCUGUAACUGAGACAAAGCAAGAGCCUGUGAGUCAGUCUGAAGCGGUCGAUGCGAAGACGGACUUGGCUGCAGCGGGAGCAGCAGAGGCUGCUGCUUCCUUGAAAAAGAAAAAGAACAAAAAGAAGAAGUCCAAGAAGAAGGUGGAUGAUGAAAAAAUUGCACUCACAGCUCAAAAGCUGAAGGAAAUGUCGCAAGAAGAGCGAGAAAAACUUGCUACGGAACUGAAAACGGAAGGCAAUCUUGCUUAUGGCCGUAAGGACUAUGUGAAAGCCAUUGAGCUGUACACACAGGCUAUUAUUUACAACCGGGACCCAAUUUACUUCUCCAACCGUGCAGCUUGUUUUGCUGCUAUUGGUGAUUAUAACAAGGUAGUAUCUGAUACUUCAGAGGCUUUGAGCAUGAACCCCACGUAUGUGAAAGCCCUGAACCGUCGAGCAGCUGCGUACGAGCAACUGGAUCGCCUGGAUGAGGCUCUAAUGGAUUGCACUGUUUCUUGUAUUUUUGAUGGAUUCACCAACGAGGCCUUAACCGCAAGCGUUGAACGUUUGCUGAAGAAGGUUGCCGAACGCAAAGCUGAAGCACUCAUGAAGACGCGUGAACGCAAACUGCCUAGCGCAACAUUUAUUCGGACAUAUCUCGAUUCUUUCAGAGCUCAACCUGCUUUGGAGUAUGAAAACGGAAACGAGGGUGAUGCCGCCUUGGCUGCGUCUAUUGAGGCUCUUGAGCAAGGCAAGUUUGCUGAGUCUCAAGAACUGGUGAACAAGGCAUGCGCUACUGGCUGCAGUUCGGAUAAGCUUUCUGCUCGUGCAUAUAACCUUGUUGGUACAUACAAGUUUGUUUCUGGUGACUCGAAGGAGUCAAUUGCCGACUUUGAGAAAGCCAUUGAGCUUGAUCCCACUUUCAUUCAACCUUAUGUUCGACUUGGUGCUGCAUACUUAGACGAGAACGAGCGCGACAAGAUGUGGAAGACAUUUGAAAAGGCCGAGUCCGUAUCUACCACAGACCCUGAUCUGUAUUACCAUCGUGCUCAAGUUCACUUCAUCUCUGGUGACUUUGCUAAAGCAAUCAAGGAUUAUCGCAAAUCUAAUGAAUUGGACGACACGUUCAUUUACGGUUACAUCCAACUCGCCGUUGCGCAAUACAAAUCAAACGAGGUUGAAGAAGCCGUAAAGACGUUCGAGAUGUGCAAGGAGCGCUUCCCUGACAGCGGAGAAGUGUACAACUACUAUGGUGAAAUUCUGCUUGACCAACAAAAGUUUGACGAGGCUUUGGAUCACUUUGAUCGCGCCAUCGAGCUCGGCAAGAAGAAAUCAGCACAGAAUGUCAUGAAUGCUAUGCCCCUCAUCAACAAGGCUCUGACCGUUUUCCAGGCUAAGCGCGAUGUGGACCAAGCUGAGAAGCUUUGUCAACAAGCCCUCGAUGCCGAUCCGGAGUGUGACAUUGCUGUGGCCAGCAUGGCUCAGUUCUUGUUGCAGCAGGGCAAGCCUGUCGAGGCACUCAAAUACUUUGAGAAGUCUGCAGACCUUGCUCGCACAGAAAGCGAGAUGGUAAAUGCAUUCUCAUACUCCGAAGCUACUCGCACACAAAUUGCCCUGACCGACCGCUAUCCUGAGCUUGUUGGCCGUCUGAAUCCGGUCGUGUAAGGCGGCUAUGAUAGAGACGAAGGCAAAAUUGCGAUUGCUACUCUGCGGCUUUCGCUAAACUGCGGCGUUCUCGUAGUUUUAUUCCACGGUGUUCGUUGGACGAUGCAUCGCAACGGGUAAAUCGUGAGAACGCAGCGCUAAUUGUAUAUGCAAUGGCAUGACCAAUACCCACACUGUAUUCCUGCCAACAAACGUCCGGACUAUUGCUAAUGAUGCUACGGAAUGAAUGAAAUUUGGUUGACGAAGACAGAACCGUAAUGGAGCAAGCAAGCUUUAAACCGGAAACGCCAAAGAGAACACG